AUGCCUUGCAGCUACAACAUGGCGAUCGGAAACGAGAGUGACCGCAGUCUGUUCCGCAACCUCAAGAUGCAGUGCGCCGUCUUCGACGAGGGCCACAUGCUGAAGAACAUGAACUCGCUGCGCUACCGCCACCUCAUGGCCAUCAACAGCUGUUGUAUCGCCUCUCACCCUGCUGAUUUGCAGCCGGCGCACAUAGUGUUUUCUCCUGUUUGUCAGAAAUCCUCAGAGGAGCAGAGCAGCUUCGAGAAGGACCGGAUCGCCCACGCCAAGCGAAUCAUGAAGCCUUUCAUCCUGAGACGGGUCAAGAGCGAGGUGCUGAAGCAGCUGCCUGCCAAAGAGGAGAGGGUGGAGUUCUGCGCCAUGAGCCAGAGGCAGCAGGAGCUGUACUCCGCCCUGUUCGACAAGCUCAAGCGCUCCAGCGGGGAGAAGCGGGACCUCAGUAACGUGAUGAUGGCUCUGAGGAAGAUGGCGAACCACCCGCUGCUGCACAGGCAGUACUACAACACAGAGAGGCUGGCCGCCAUGAGCCGCCUCAUGCUCAAGGAGCCGACGCACCGCGACGCCGACCCGGCACUUAUCCAGGAGGACAUGGAGGUGAUGUCGGACUUUGAGCUGCACCGCCUCUGCCUGCAGUACCUGGCCCUGCAGCGCUACCAGCUGCAGAGCGAGCAGCUGCUGGACUCGGGCAAGUUCAGCCUGCUCACCCAGCUGCUGGCCUCCCUCAAGGAGAAGGGCGACCGGGUCGUCCUUUUUAGCCAGUUCACCAUGAUGCUGGACAUCGUGGAGGUCCUGCUGAAGCACCUGAGCCACCGCUACGUGCGACUGGACGGCUCCACGCCCAUGGCGGACAGGAUCGUCCUGAUCGACGAGUUCAACACGGACCCCGACAUCUUCGUGUUCCUCCUCUCGACGCGGGCAGGGGGCCUGGGCAUCAACCUCACCUCAGCCAACGUGGUCAUCCUGCACGACAUCGACUGCAACCCCUACAACGACAAGCAGGCUGAGGACCGGUGCCACCGCGUUGGCCAGACCAGGACAGUACAGGUGAUAAAGCUGAUCAGCAAGGACUCGAUAGAGGACUGCAUGCUGCGUGUUGGCCAGAAGAAGCUCAAGCUGGAGCAGGACAUGACCGCAGCUGAGGAAGGCGACGAGGGCUCCAUGCCAGAGGACAUGGCCUCCCUGCUGAAGGCAUCUCUGGGACUGUAAGCACUCCACCCUGCCUCCAACCUCACCCCAACUUGGGCCAGUACUGUGUCAGCCCCCGUCCCAGGACGGAGCUCACAUCCGGAUGCCCCGUGUCACCGCCCCGGGGCCAGCUUGCACCCCGGUGUGGCACCCUGCGAACUUAAAGUGUGAGGACAAGCUGCGUGUGCCUGUCCAAACAGCGUCACAGCUGGAGCCACUGCGGUUUCCCCCGACUUCCCACACUACAGGGAGCACGAGGCAAGGGGGACGGACUCCAUUGUGGUUUUUUUUUGUUUCUGUGAUGUGACUUGAUGUUAAAACACUGU